GCGGGGGUCUGCGCGUUUCGCCUUCCCCGCCCGAUGUUGCCACCCGGCUGCUGAUCGCAUCGCCCGCUGAUCCCACGCGGGCGUGAGGCCGUAGAGGUCCUGGUAGAGGCUGGAAACCUCCUUCGCAAAGCGGGAGUAAUGGAAGUGAAUUGUUUAACACUAAAAGACCUGAUCAACCCCAGGCAGCCCAGACUAGAUUUUGCCACUGAAGAUGGGGAAAAUGCACAAAAGGAAAAUAUAUUUGUUGAUCGAUCAAGGAUGGCCCCGAAAACUCCAAUAAAAAAUGAACCAAUUGAUUUAUCGAAGCAAAAAAUCUUCACUCCAGAAAGAAACCCCAUUACUCCAGUUAAGCUUGUGGACAGACAGCAGACGGAACCAUGGACGCCCACAGCUAACCUGAAGAUGCUCAUCAGUGCUGCCAGCCCUGACAUAAGAGAUUGGGAGAAGAAGAAGGGACUCUUCAGACCCAUUGAGAACAAGGAUGAAGUGUUUACAGACUCUCUGCAGCUUCGUGUUGUGGGGGACGUUGCUGUGGAGAAAUUUGAGAAACGCAGGCCGAGCAGAAAACAGAAAAGUUUAGGACUCCUGUGCCAGAAGUUUCUAGCUCGCUAUCCAAGUUAUCCCUUGUCAGCUGAGAAAACCACCAUCUCCCUAGAUGAAGUGGCUGUCAGUCUUGGCGUUGAAAGGAGACGCAUCUAUGACAUUGUGAACGUGCUGGAGUCACUGCACCUGGUCAGCCGGCUGGCCAAGAACCAGUAUGGCUGGCACGGGCGGCACAGCCUGCCGAGGACCCUGCGGAACCUCCAGAGACUAGGAGAGGAGCAGAAGUACGAGGAGCAGAUGGCUUCCCUCCAACAGAGGGAGCUGGACCUGAUGGAUUACAAAUUCGGAGAACGUAAAAAAGAUGGCUGUGCAGAUCCCCACGAUCAACAGUUGCUGGAUUUCUCGGAGCCCGACUGUCCCUCCUCAUCUGCAAACAGAAAAGACAAGUCUCUGAGAAUCAUGAGCCAGAAGUUUGUCAUGCUGUUCCUCGUCUCUAAAACCAAGAUUGUUACUCUCGAUGUGGCUGCCAAAAUCCUGAUAGAAGGAAGCCAGAAUGUGCUGGACCACAGUAAAUUUAAAACAAAGGUCCGACGUCUCUAUGACAUCGCCAAUGUCCUGACCAGCCUGGCUCUGAUCAAGAAAGUGCACGUGACAGAAGAGCGAGGCCGUAAGCCAGCCUUCAAGUGGAUCGGGCCUGUGGACUUCGCUUCCAGUGAUGAAGAACUAGUGGAUGUUGCUGCAUCUGUCUUACCAGAACUGAAAAGUGAACCAUACAGCAAAGUUCACGUCUGUGCUGCACAGAAGCUGGCUCGACGUGGCUCCUUCAACAGAGUUCCAGCUUCUGAGAGGAGUCACAGGAAAGUGAACUCGGGACCCAGCAGCCCUUCCAGGGAAGAACAAGGACCAGGUGGCUUCCUAGAAAUUGGAAGUCUGGCAGCUAUUUACCAGCAGCAAAUAGAAGACAAGCCACAGGGCAAAGCCUUGGACGGGGAGGGGGUGACGCUUCCAUCCAGCAGCCUGGACCCCGCCGCUCCUUUCCCUGUCCACCCUGUGGACUCAGAAUACUGUGUCAAUCCUUUAGUCCACCAGGUGUUUUCCGUGCCUCAGACGGACUUGCAGGCCUUCUCCACACAGAAUGGUCUGAAUAGACAAGUAGGUGUCUCCCUCGCUUCUGCGGCCUCAGACGUGGAGAGCCUGAAGCCAGGCCUGCUGGCCGGCCAGCCCCUGCUGUACGUGCCCUCCACCUCUCUGUUCAUGCUGUGCGGGAGCCUACAGGAGGGACCGCCCCCGGAGCCCGGGUCCGAGAGGGACAGCAGAGGCUCAGAGGCCUCAGCCGCAGCGCUGUGGUCCACACCCACAGCCCAGAAGCGCCUGGGUGAGGAGAGGCAGCUGCCAGAGGAGGAGGAGGAGGAGGAGCCAGCCGCUAAAAGACAAAGCAGGGGCUACGAAGACGGCCCUCUGUCCCUGGUCAUGCCCAAGAAAUCCGCAGAUUCCUCAGAUGUUGCCUCUCCCAAGAUGCGGGGUAACAGGGCGUCUGUGUCCCUUGAAGACAUGCCCUUGAAUAGCCACCUGCCUGCUGCAAGGGGCGUUUGGGGAAAGGCUCCAGCACAUGGCUUCGUUUCUUCCGAGUGGGGAAGUCUUCCAAGGAACACAGAGAUUGAAAAGCCUUUGCAAGAAAAUGAAGGCACCACCGAGCCCUCUUUGCUGCAGUGUCUUUACGUGCAGCCAUCAGCCGGAUUAAAUGGUCUCAAUGUGCUCUUACCUGGCAGUCAGACCCCUCAUGCUAUGAGACCACCUUCGGGUCAGCUGCCACCCCUCGGUGUCCCUUGCAUGGUCUUACCAUCUUCGACACUGGGCCCAUUUCCUGUUCUCUACUCUCCCACAAUGGCCGGGCCGGUUUCCCCUGCCCCUGGCUCUGUCCCAAACACGGGACCUGGGAGUUUCCGCUUGCCAGGCCUCGGAUCAACGCCUCAUCUUCUCAUCGGCCCUGCAGCCCUGGUUAACCCAAACUCCUCGACACUCCCUCCAGCAGACCCUCAGCUUCAGGGUCCCCACUCACUUACCCAGAGUCCAGUGAUGUCCAGACUGCACAACGCCACCCAGCCCACAUCCCCAGUGUACGAAGGACACCCAGGCUCUGUGGUGAAAUUACAGCAGUCCCCAACUCCAGGGACCCCCAAGAGCACCCGACACACACAUUGUGAGACAUUCUUCAAGACGCCCGGCAGCCUUGGAGACCGGGUCCUUAGGAGAAGAGAGAGCAAGCAGUCGCAAAACGCCAGCUCGGCGCAGCGGAGACUUGAAAUACCCAGCGGCGGUGCCCACUAGCCGGGUGCUCUGCCCGAUGGCGUGCCUCAGACCGCCUGAGCUUCCCUGUCCGUCACAGGUCAGGUCCUGGCGCUGGAGCGAAGCAGAAUGCACGCCAUCGGGCCUUUCACCCUCCGGUCCGCACGUUAACUUCCCAUCACCGUCUAUUCUCCUGAAAGUCAUUGUUACUAAUUGCGCGUUUAGUACCAGUUAGCGCCCAGACUCUGUGCCUGGUGUCGCAGGGAAAGCGCCCGCUGACUUGUGGUUUUGCUCCAAGAAUUCUCUAUUUGCUCGAAGUAGAUCGGAACAGGCUACUGGAGCCUGUGGUUUGCCUAAAGGUGAGGCCUGUCCAGCACUUAGCCAGGGUGAGUGUCCCUGACGUGUCUUUCCACUCGCCCUGAGUAGAUCUGUGGUGAGAGAGCCUUCCUUCCUGCAGAUUAAAAAGCUACGGCUUCCUAGGCUUCAUCGGGAAGACAGCGUCAGCUGUGAAUCCUACCGUGUUAUUUAUUGUGUUCCCGGAAUGGGCCUUAGUGCAAAUGUUUACAAGUACAGUGGGGCCUU